UGCUUUGAAUUGCAUGCAUUUCAAGCAACCUUACAAAAAUGGGAAUUUUUAUAUACGAAAUCACAAACUCAAACACACCGUUACUUUUUCUAACCCAUGAUCGGGGAGCACAACCUUUUGAACCCAAACACUAGGUAAAACCCCUAAACCCUGUGCCUCCCAACGUUCAAAACCAGAGAAACCCACUUGUUUCCUGUUUGGAAGUCGAGAAAGUGUGAGAAAAGUUAAGAUUCAUGACGGAAAAUCCCAAGCACUUGUUAGACAGUGUUUCAGAGUCUUCCCAAAGGCCUUCCAAAAUCGCAAAAACCGCAGUCGAAGAGUUAAGCGACGACGAAGAGGAACAACAACCACCAGCACAAGAGCCCAUGAACCCAAACACUAGAAUCCAACGUUAUCUGGUGGCGAUCGAGUACAUUGGUACUCGCUUCUCUGGGUCUCAGAAGCAGCCUAAUUGUCGUACUGUCGUUGGCGUUCUUGAGGAAGCUUUUCAUAAAUUUAUUGGCCAGCCAGUUUCGAUUUUGGGUUCAAGUCGAACUGAUGCAGGGGUGCAUGCCUUAUCAAAUGUUUGUCAUGUAGAUGUCGAACGCAUAAGCAAAAGGAAGCCUGUUGAAGUGUUACCUCCUCAUGAUCCUGUGGUGGUCAGAAGAGCUGUGAACCAUUUCUUACAGAAGAAUGAAGGUGAUAUAAUGGUGACUGAUGUUCAGUGUGUUCCAGCUGAUUUUCACGCUAGAUACAAAGCUCAAGAGCGCACGUACUUCUACCGCUUGCUCUCUGGGCCAGAGCCUUUGUCAACCUUUGAGAGGGACCGGGCAUGGCAUGUUCCUGGGGAGUUAGAUAUUCUUGCUAUGCAGGAAGCAAGCAAAGUUCUUGUUGGUCAUCAUGAUUUUAGUUCCUUUAGAGCAGCUGGCUGUCAGGCAAAAUCACCCAUGAGAACUUUAGAUGAACUCAAUAUUUUUGAGGCAGUUUCAAACCCAUAUUUUCCGACAAUUACCGAAAGGAGACAAACCAAUUUGACCUUGGAAGAUCUUCAUGCAAGGUCCAACAAGUCUGAGUCUGACCUGUCUCCUAGUUCUAUUUCCAUUGAUGAUAGGGCAAGAGGGUUAAAUGGUGGAACUGAUCUUGGGUUUGGCAUAAGAAGAAGGCAUCGUUGCUUUGUGGUAACAGCGCGGGCACGCUCUUUUCUUUACCACCAGGUUAGACUGCUUGUUGGUGUUCUAAAAGCUGUUGGAACUGGAGAUUUAACAAUUUCAGAUGUUGAAAGAAUCCUAAAUGCAAAGACUGUGACUGCUGCAAGUCCCAUGGCCCCCUCAUGUGGACUCUACCUUGGGCAUGUGAAAUAUGAUCUGCCAUGAGAGGAGUAUAAACUAUAAAGGAAUGUGGUUUCAAUAUAGACUUGUCAUGGACUGUGACUGCUGCAGUGUCCAUGUGAUAGUUGACCCAGUUGCACUGAGCCUUUGACAGAAGUGGAAAAUCUUAUUAAGACUGACUGCUGCAGCAGUAUCCAUGUGAUAGUUGACCCAGUUGCACUGAGCCUUUGACAGAUUGAUCACUAAGGCAUGGGAAGCAAGUGGAACUUAUAUACUGCAAUGUAAUUGUCUGGAAUUUGUGAUGAACGCGCACCAUUUUUUUUUUUUAUAUGAAGCUUGGAUCUCCAAAACUGAUGACAUUGGCUUAAUUUAGAGAGUUCAUCUUCUUUACUCUUCA